UCAGUUGAAGAGACAGAAAGAGAGAGAGAUGGAGAGAGAGAGAGAGUGGCCGGUUUUCAUGAAGUGCAAAAUAUCACGAGUUCCCUAACAUUUAAACUUUACGCUUAUGACGAACUCGAGUGAUCUCGCCUGUAAUUUGAGAGCUUGAAACAUUUUUAAUCACUCGAUCUUGGGAGUGAAGUGAUCACUGAUCAGCAUUUGCCACUCAUUCAAUCACAAAGAACCACAACGAAAACACAUCGCACCAUUUCAAUGGAAAACUCUAGUCUGUGAUAAGAGACCCAUAGUGUUCCGGUUCCUGAGAUACGACCUCAAACCGAGGAUCCGCCCAGAAUAGUAGCAAAUAUUGAGUGAGUAGCUCGUUCUUGAGUCCAAAAAUGGGCUGCUGUUUGUCCAUUUGUGGCAGACCCAUCAAAGCUAAAACAGACCCCAAACACAUGACCCCAAAUGUGAGCUUCAAGCCAUGUCCAGAGAAUGCACAAACCCACGUGGAGUUCAGAGAUCCCGGGAGUCCCGAUAACGCUCUCAAGUCCCGGAUGAGCAUCGAAAACGAGAACGUCGAGAUCCCCGAUGCUCCUUCCGCUCCAAUUGGCUCGGUAACGGAGAAAGAGUCUCCCAAAGUGGCUCUCAAGGCCAAUUUGAAGGCCAAUAGAGGAUCAGAUUCAAUGCGUGUUGUGACCAGUCUCAGACGUUCAACCCAAGUUCCUGGUCAGAUGGACGGGAUCGAUUCCAUUGGACAUGAUAAUGAUUCAGACGGAUCUUCCGAGUCCAGCUUGGACAUUCCAAAUUUGGGAGAUACGGAUGAGUCCGGAGGUCCAUCAUCACAGAAAGGGUCAGGAUCCAAUUCGUCAUUUGAGAAAAUCGAUGUUGAUCCCAAAGAUGACGUCCAAUCAAAAGAAUGGUCCGCUCUACAUGAUGACCUCUACAACGAAAUAUCUACUCGUUUGGGUCCCGAUCAAGAGAUGGAAGUACGCCGGGCCUCCACUCUUCAACGAUCGCCAACCACAGAAUUAUCGGGCAAAUCUCCCUCGGGACCCGAAGACACCCACCACCUUCGACCUUUCAGUGUGGAGCUCAAUGUUACUGGCGAGAAUCAGAAACGUAGCUCGUUCUAUGCCUUGGUUGGUGAAGCUGAUUGAGUUAAAAUCUGCUUUCUGAAAGUUUGUUGAUUUGGCACUGGAUUUAUGAUGGGAAUAACUGUGUUCACAAACGAACUCACACACUAUUGUACUUAUUUUGACAUUCCGUGAAUGGCCGAUAUUAAAAGAAUGGACAGAU